GUGCAGAGUCAAAAUGAGUUCUGAAACGAUGAGUAUAUCUCAGAUAUUUCUUGAAACAGCUGCAGAUGCAAAAGUGGGAUUUACUAUUGCAGCAAUAAUAGGUUAUUGUUUAUAUAGAAUAAUAGCAAUAACAAAUAGAAGAAGAUUAAAAGAACCUGAGGAUUUCAAUGAGUCUACAAACAAUGUAGUAUACACAGAUGAAUAUGACAAUUACAAGCUUAUUUUGGUAAUCAGAACUGAUUUAAAAAUGGGAAAAGGAAAAGUUGCGGCACAAUGUGCUCAUGCUGCUGUUGCAGCAUAUAAAGCAGCCAUAAAACAUCCAAAAAUUUUACAAUCUUGGGAAGAAUGUGGGCAAGCCAAAAUUACUGUCAAAGUAGACAGUGAAGAUGCUUUAAAAGAAAUCGCAAAACAAGCAAGAGCUGUAGGACUUUUAUCAAAUGUAAUACAAGAUGCUGGGCACACCCAAAUAGCACCAGGAAGCAGAACUGUAUGUGCAAUUGGUCCAGGUCCAGCUCCACUGAUAGAUCAAGUAACUGGUCAUUUGAAAUUGUUUUAA